UUCUAUACAAUUGUUGGUAGAGGGUUGAACUAACAGAAACGAAUGUGAAUGAAUACACAAGAAUGGUAUAUAAAAUGUAAAAGCUUUGACAGAACGUUCCAAGUGUAGCUACAAUUUUUUGCAACUUUAAAUUUCUUAUUUGAGAGUUUAAAUAGUCCGUGUCUAAAAGUUGUAAUUGUAAGGAGUUAGCUAAUUAUACUGGAUCAUCAAGUUGAAAAUAGGGAGGCUGAGUCUCCCGACGGAACUCAAGAGAGUAGGGGUACUUGUUGGUGGACUCCUUGGUCAGCUAUGGGUUGUUUUGGUUCCGCUGGUUCUAAACAGUCUGAUAUCAAUUCAGAUGACUCCAAAAGUCAAAAGCGUCGCAGUGAUGCUAUAUCUAAGCAGUUGCAAAAAGACAAACAAUUAUAUCGAGCCACUCACAGGCUUCUAUUACUGGGUGCCGGUGAGUCCGGCAAGUCAACCAUAGUCAAACAAAUGCGAAUAUUGCACGUAGAUGGAUUUUCCGAGCAAGAAAAGAAACAAAAAAUUGAUGAUAUUAAAAAAAAUAUUCGAGAUGCGAUUUUGACAAUUACUGGUGCAAUGAGCACAUUAAAUCCACCUGUAGCUUUAGAGAAAAAAGAGAACGAAGUAAGGGUUGAAUACAUACAGGAUUAUGCAUCAAACCCAGACUUCAACUAUCCUCCAGAGUUCUACGAACACACGGAGGAGCUUUGGAAAGACCGUGGUGUUUUACAGACAUUUGAGAGGUCAAAUGAGUAUCAACUGAUUGACUGUGCUAAGUAUUUUUUGGAUCGAGUCAGUACAAUUAAGAAUCCAAACUAUACACCAAACGAGCAGGACAUUUUAAGAUGCCGUGUUUUGACUUCUGGUAUAUUUGAAACCAGAUUUCAAGUUGAUAAAGUGAAUUUUCACAUGUUUGAUGUGGGUGGCCAACGAGAUGAGCGUCGAAAGUGGAUUCAGUGUUUUAAUGAUGUGACAGCUAUAAUAUUUGUCACUGCAUGCUCAAGUUAUAAUAUGGUUCUAAGAGAAGAUCCAACUCAAAAUCGACUGCGUGAGUCCUUGGAUUUGUUUAAAAGUAUUUGGAAUAACAGGUGGUUGCGCACUAUUUCUGUUAUUUUGUUCCUUAAUAAACAAGAUCUGUUAGCUGAGAAAAUCAAGGCUGGAAAAAGUAAACUUUCCGAGUAUUUUUCGGAGUUCAACAAAUAUCAAACUCCAAGUGAUGCAAUAAUGGAAAGUGGUGAUGAUCCUGAAGUAAUUAGAGCAAAGUAUUUUAUUAGAGAUGAGUUCUUGCGUAUUUCAACUGCAAGUGGAGAUGGAAAACAUUAUUGCUACCCACAUUUCACAUGUGCUGUUGACACGGAAAACAUAAAGAGGGUUUUUAAUGAUUGUCGAGACAUAAUUCAAAGAAUGCAUUUGCGUCAAUAUGAAUUAUUAUAGGUUUUUUCCGUUACAAACUACAACAAACAUUUGAUAAUGAAAUAAAUCAGCAAAAUUUUAUUAUUUAACAGUAGAUAUAUAAUACGUUUUGUGUUUAGAUGAAUAUUAUGAUUGUAAAUUCGCUGCAUUUAAAUUUGCUAUGUGUCCUAAUCAUUACUUCGAUAACAAUUAUAUGUACGUGAAAUCUAGUUAAUAAUAAAGAACACAAAAAUAGUU